AAGAGGCAGCACUCUUUUGUUGAGUUUUCCACUCGGUGUUCUGUGGUGUGUUCUGUCGAGUUUUGUGUUAAUUGAGUUUUAUAUUCUGUAGAGUUUGUAAGCGUAGAUGAACUGUUCUUGAAAACCGCCGCAAUUCUUUGAAUAUAUCUCUUCUAUUUCCUGUAUAAAUAAGAAAGAGGUGACGAGGGAUAUAAUGUUCGCCAUUUAAUUGGACUGUCACGUUAUAGGCUAUAUCAUUCGACCGAGAUUAAAACCCCUUCUCAGAAGAUCUAGUUUUAACAGCGUAGGAACAAAAUAUUUUAAACAAUGGCGGACUGUCUUAUGCGCGGAGAUGAAGCCUUUCUGCACCGAGAUUUCGAAAAGGCGUUGUCAUUUUAUAGUGACGCCGUCGACGCAAAUAACGACAACGCAGAUGCAUUCCGGAAGAGGGGGAACUGCCAUUUUGAAAUGCACAACUACGCAGACGCGGCUGAUGACGCAGCUUCCGUCUUGAAACGGAAGCCAGGAGAGACGUGUGGAUAUAUUUUAAAGGGGAAAUGUCUCACUCAGUUGAAAAGAUUUGAAGAGGCCUUCGAUGUGUACAAACACGGGCUGACUAUUGACCCAGACGAUGUCGGGAUUACGCAAGAGCUCGCCAGGCUACAAAGGGAAAUAAUUUCUCACCAUGACACAACAGAAACGAUAGAGUCAUCUUACAACGCCGUGACUCUUUGCUCUCAAGAUUGCUACCCAGGUGAUGAUGAACUAAUGCGCCAGGAACUAAAAACAAUGGCUGACCGGAAGCUGGACGAGUUACCUACCCUGACCUCUAGGACGCCUAACUUAAAACUGUCAACAGAAGAAGUACUAAAAGCCGACAUUGAAAAGGCUGCUGGAAAUUUAAACGGUUUUUUACAAAGUUUAACAAUGGCGCUAGAAUACAACAUGGGGGACACUUCGCUGUUAAAAGAAAGAGCUGAAGUGUUGAAAAAGCUCGGUGAUUUUGCUGAAGCAUUCCGAACGUGCAAUGUCAUAGAUAAAAAGAAAAGAAGCAAAAAUGACUGGAUUCUGGGAGGUAGACUCUUAUCAGAACUAGGUCUUCCCGUCAUGGCAGAAUCCUGGUUCAGAAGAGCAACCGAAAUGAGCUCGCCAGUCGACACAGAAGCCGCCAUCUUGUUCCAGAACGUUCGGGUCAGUCGGAUCUACGGUCCAUUGACGCUGGCCACGCCAGUGGAAGUGAGAUUCACGCAGUACGGACGAGCUGUGUUCUGUCAGCAACCAAUGAUAAUGAAGCAGGUGAUUUUCAGAGACAGUCCUCUGGUCCUGGCGCAGACUCUCGACACCCAACAUAUCCCGGCAUGCUCGUUCUGUGCCACGUCAUUAUUGUGUCCAGACGACGUCUUCGAACCGAGCGCUCUGACGAACGACCAAGAUCUGAAAAAAGCUCUGGGACUUUUUUGGCCAAAGCGUCAGGUGUUUUCCUGCCGGAAGUGCAAGACGCAGAAGUACUGCAGCGAGGCAUGCGCAACCAAAGCGUGGGAUAAUUACCACAGAGUUAUCUGCCCGGUCGUGAAUCCGAAGGUGGAGAAACUUCACCAGGUGUGUGUGGAGUACAAUGACCUCAAGGUCGGCGACAGUCGCGUCUGGAAGGGUUGGUGGAACGCCUCCUUCUCGCCUAUGCUGCUCGCCAGAAUCUGGGCAGCCAUUGUCUGUGAAGGAAAACGACUGUGCAGCAAAGCGGGAAGAAAUAAACCAAACGCCGCUGAUUGGGCAAAAGCCCAGGCGCCCUACCGAAGAUUCAUCGCCUAUGGUCAUGCGAGUAAUGCAACGAUGAUCCCCAACAUGCUGUCGUUAAUGGCGGACAUCUUCAAAGACAUUGGCGAAGACGGGGUGACGUAUCACAUCACGGAGCGCGAGUUUGACGGGCGCUACUAUCAAUCCUCUUGCAACGUCCAGGCGUUCUCGGACCCAAACAGUCCGCUCAAGCAGUUCCGAGACUCCAUCACUGAAAAACCAAGAUGGCAGAAACUGCUGAAGUAUCUUCCGCGAAAGCUGCCAGAAGCAGAGUUUGCGGGAUUAUUUCCCUUGCAUGCCUGUAUGAAUCACUCGUGCGCCAAUAACGCGGAAGUUCUGGACGGAGUCAAGGACGGCGUGCCGGGCGUCGCUGUCCAGGCCAGAAAAGUCAUUUCACCGGGAGAGGAGAUAUGUAUAAACUACGUCGAUACCCGGAUGCCCCGGCGCGACCGGAGGGCGUGGCUUUUCCGAGCAUACAACUUCUGGUGUCACUGUCCGCGGUGCGAGUUUGAAGGUGAUGGGCCGGAAGUUUGUACGCAGUGUAAAAGAAAGUGCGACGAGCCUGGCAGGAAAGUGUUUCCGGUGUGCAGUAAGUGUAAGAAGGCGUGGUACUGCAGCCAGGUUUGUCAGAAGUUGGCGUGGAAGACGGGACAUAAGAAAAUAUGUUAUUCGAGACUUCUUUCAGAAUAACACAUGAAACGCCCUUUUUAGCUUACAAGUGAACCUUUUAAUAUCUAGCUAUAGAAACGAUAUUACUGUGCCAUGGUUUGUACUGCCCUUCCCCCAGGUACUUCAGUAUAGAUAUGACCCUGAUUAGUUGCCAGUAGCGGGGAACGAUCCAUGGAAUAUGUCAAUGUUUGGUUUAUAAUGUGAGACGGCGGGGGUCUCUCAGAGGGCGGGUGUCUCUCACAAAAAAUGAAAAUUUGAAGCUAUUUGGUUCUUAUGGCUUAACUACUGCGCCACCGAGACCGUUGUUGGUUUGUUCUUGGGGGGGGGGGGGGGGGGGGGGGGUGCGUACAGUGGAUAUUAGCAGAUACAAGGGCGUGUAUGAAACGGCACCAGUCCUGUCAGUUAAACAAAUAAACACACACACACACACACACACACACACACACACACACAAAACAACCACAAAUGAAAAAUAAAGCUCUUGAAUUCUGGUGGACGCCUCAAAAUGCAUAAAAUACCAUUCCAGACACACGUUUAAUCUUCAUAGUCUUAUGUUUGACCUCCACCCGCACUUAACUGUCCUAUAUCCACUUUUUACGGCAACCGUUUAAAAAGAAAAGAGGAAACCAGUUUUCGUGCUAUAUAUUCGACUGUUGAUGUAUACUGCGUAUACUCGAGAUCACGGGGAAUAAAAAAUAACACCAUUUUAAAAUGUACUGUAUCAGAGCAUGCGGUUGUGAACUUCCAGUAUGAUGUGCUCAAUGACAAAUGAGUUUAACUCAUUAGAAUGUGUUACAGUAAUAUUUACACUGGAUCAAUAAACGCAUAACAGAG